CUAAUACUACGACAACCCCAGACCAAACCGUCACAUCAUACCAUUUUAACCUUUCCCAUCUUCCAGUCUUACCAUAAUACAUCCCCCCCUUAGUGGAUCUUAUCUUGUGAGAACUCGAUCUGAACACGUACAAUUCUGGUGAUAUUCAAGUAACUACCACCCAAUCUUGGCAUACCUUUUUUUGAAUCAAUCAAUCAAGUCAAUCAUAUUCAAUCCUGUAUUGUAGGUUGAAUAAACGUCUAUAUUGUUAGUAUUAUUGGUAAAAAAAAGUUUCAUAAUUUUGCUUUUAGUUUGAUUUCGUUUAACUUCACAACUAGAUUUAACUAGAUAUUUAUUAUAAAAUCCCGUCAAUCCAUCCAUCCUCAUACAAUCAUCCUCCAAUAUGGUAUCGUCUUAUGAUGUCGGUACUCGUUGUUGGUACCCUGAUCAAACUUUGGGUUGGAUAGGUGUCACUGUCAAAUCAAAUAAACAAGAAGGCUCAAAAUAUAUAUUAGAGUUUGUAUCUGAUAAUGAUGAUGCUCAAAUAUUCAAAGUUGAAUCUGAUAAUUUAAAUGAAGAUAAUGAAAAAUUACCUCCGUUACGAAAUCCUCCUAUUUUGGAAGCAGCUGAAGAUUUAACAAGUUUAUCUUAUUUAAAUGAACCUGCCGUCUUACAUGCUAUUAAAGUUCGUUAUUCUCAAUUAAAUAUUUAUACUUAUUCCGGUAUUGUGUUGAUCGCCACCAAUCCUUUCCAAAGAGUUGAUCAAUUAUAUUCUCAAGAUAUUAUUCAAGCUUACGCUGGAAAAUCAAGAGGUGAAUUAGAUCCUCAUCUUUUUGCAAUUGCUGAAGAUGCUUAUAGAUGUAUGAAAACUGACAAACAAAAUCAAACCAUUGUGGUUAGUGGUGAAUCAGGAGCUGGUAAAACAGUAAGUGCCAAAUAUAUUAUGAGAUAUUUUGCCUCCGUAGAAGAAGAAUAUAGUGCUAAUGAAGUAGCAAAACAACAACAUAAAUCAGAUAUGUCUGAUGUUGAAAAACAAAUCUUAGCCACUAAUCCUAUUAUGGAAGCUUUUGGUAAUGCUAAAACCACUAGAAAUGAUAAUUCUUCUAGAUUUGGUAAAUAUCUUGAAAUCUUAUUCGAUAAUCAUACUUCUAUUAUUGGUGCUAGAAUUAGAACUUAUCUUUUAGAAAGAUCAAGAUUGGUGUUCCAACCUCCUAUCGAAAGAAAUUAUCAUAUCUUUUAUCAAAUUUUAGCUGGUAUGAAUGAGGAUGAUAAAUUAACUUUAGGUUUAUCUAAUGCUGAAGAUUAUAAAUAUACUAAUCAAGGUGGUCAACCCGCCAUAGUAGGAGUUAAUGAAGUUGAAGAAUUUCAAAUCACAAAGGAUGCUCUUAAUUUAAUCGGUAUUGAUGAUUCUAAACAAUUUGAAAUUUAUAAAAUCUUGGCUGCUUUAUUACAUAUUGGUAAUAUUGAUAUUGCUGCUACUAGAAAUGAUGCUCAUUUAUCAUCGGAUGAACCAAACUUAGUCAAGGCUUGUGAAUUAUUAGGUCUUGAUGCUGUAAACUUUGCUAAAUGGUGUGUAAAGAAACAAAUUCAAACCAGAUCAGAAAAAAUUAUCAGUAAUUAUAAUCAUAAACAAGCCAUUGUUGCCAGAGAUUCAUUUGCUAAAUAUAUUUAUUCCGCUUUAUUCGAUUGGUUAGUGGAUUAUAUAAAUCAAGAUUUAUGUCCACCUGAAGUGACCGGUAAGAUUAAUUCAUUUAUUGGUGUAUUAGAUAUUUAUGGUUUUGAACAUUUCGAAAAAAAUUCUUUCGAACAAUUCUGUAUUAAUUAUGCCAAUGAAAAAUUACAACAAGAAUUCAAUCAACAUGUGUUUAAAUUAGAACAAGAUGAAUAUAUUAAGGAAGAAAUCGAAUGGUCAUUUAUUGAUUUUGCUGAUAAUCAACCUUGUAUUGAUUUAAUUGAAAAUAAAUUGGGUAUCUUAUCACUUUUAGAUGAAGAAUCAAGAUUACCUGCUGGUAGUGAUGAAUCAUGGAUUCAAAAAAUGUAUCAAACUUUAGAUAAAGCUCCUACUGAUAAAGUAUUCAAAAAACCAAGAUUCGGCCAAACUAAAUUCGUGGUUAGUCAUUAUGCUCAUGAUGUUAGUUAUGACAUUGAUGGUUUCAUUGAAAAGAAUAGAGAUACUGUCGGUGAAGGUCAUAUGGAAGUAUUGAAAAAUACUAACAAUGAAUUAUUGCAAUCCAUUUUAUCUAUUAUUGAGAAGAAUGCCACUGCCUUAGAAUUAUCUAAAUCUACUAGUUCUGUCAAUGUUCCAAAUAGAGCUAAAGGUGUGAAUAAAAAACCAACUUUAGGUUUAAUUUUUAAAAAUUCUUUAAUUGAUUUAAUGAGAACCAUUGAUUCUACUAAUGCUCAUUAUAUUAGAUGUAUUAAACCUAAUGAACAAAAAGAAGCUUGGAAAUUUGAUACAUUAAUGGUGUUAUCUCAAUUAAGAGCUUGUGGUGUUUUAGAAACAAUUAGAAUUUCUUGUGCUGGAUUCCCAUCUAGAUGGACAUAUGUUGAGUUUGCUGAUAGAUAUCAUAUAUUAGUUUCUUCCAAUGAAUGGAUCAAAGUAAUGAAACAUGGUGGUUCUUCGGCUACUCCAGCAGACAUAUCUGAUUUAUGUAAUAAAAUAUUACAAAAGAAUAUCGAUGAUGAAGCCAAAUAUCAAUUAGGUAAUACCAAGAUUUUCUUUAAAGCUGGUAUGUUAGCUCAAUUUGAAAAAUUAAGAUCAGAUAAGUUAUUCAAAUCAGCAGUAAUGAUUCAAAAGAACUUAAGAAGAAACUAUUAUAGACAACAAUACUUGGAAACUAGAGAAUCUCAUAUCAAAUUACAAUCAUUAAUAAGAGGUCAUGUCAAGAGAACUCAAAUAAGGCACGAAUUGGAAUACAAUGCAGCAGUAUUAAUACAAACCAUUGUUAGAGGUACUUUGAUUAGAAACCAAGCUAAUCAAACUCGUAAGUCAAUUAUCAUUAUUCAAAACUCUAUUCGUGGAUUACAAGCUAGACGUGAAUUCGAUCAAUUGAAAACUGAGAGAUCAGCAGUCACAAUUCAAAAACAUUUCCGUGGUUUGGUUGCAAGAAGAGAAUUCAAUAAGAAGACUAAAUCAAUUGUUGUUAUUCAAUCGGCCUUCAGAAGAAAAUUUGCUUACAAUGAAUUUAAACAAUUAAAGGUUGAAGCUAAAUCAGUUAAUAAAUUGAAAGAAGUUUCAUAUAAAUUGGAAAACAAGGUUGUUGAUUUAACUCAACAAUUGACUUCUAAAAUUCAAGAUAAUAAAUCAUUGGUGGUAGAAAUCACCAAUUUAAAGAAUUUAUUAGAACAACAAAAUGCUGCUCAUGAAACUUUGAAAACUAGAGAAGUUGAGUUUAAUGAAAAAUUCGAUUCUCAAAAUGAAGAUCAUCAACGUGAAAUUGAAAAUUUGAAUAAGGAAUUAGAAGCCAUUAAGGCUGAUUACACUUCGGCUGAACAAAGAAUUGAAGAAUUAACCAAAGAGCAAGCUGAAUUGAAACAAGAAGUUAAACGUACAGUUGAAGAAUUACAAGCUGCUCAAGCUGAUUUGGUUAAACGUGACACCAUUGAAGUUGAUUUGAAGACUCAUAUUGAACAAUUGAAGGCUGAAAUCAGUCAAUUACAACGUAAUGGCAAUGGUUCAAUGACUAUGAUUAAUAAUCCAAAGAGUAGGAAUAUUAGUAACAAACGUCAUAGUAGUGCCUUGGCCUGGAAUUCUCCAACUUCACUUGAAAAUAAUGCCAGACCAGUUUCUGUCAUUGCUAUUUCUCACGAAGAUGAUGUUAAUAUUGAUGAUAUAAAUGAUGAAUUAUUCAGAUUAUUAAGAGAUUCAAGACAAUUACAUAGAGAAAUUGUUGAAGGAUUAUUAAAGGGAUUAAAGAUCCCACCUGCUGGAGUUGCUGCCGAUUUAACCAGAAAGGAAGUCUUAUUCCCAGCAAGAAUUAUCAUCAUCAUAUUAUCUGAUAUGUGGAGAUUAGGUUUAACCAAAGAAAGUGAAGAAUUUUUGGGUGAAGUAUUAUCCACUAUUCAAACUAUCGUAUCAACCUUAAAGGACGAUGACGUUAUACCUAAUGGUGCUUUCUGGUUAUCUAAUACCCAUGAAUUAUACUCAUUUGUAUCUUAUGCUCAACAAACUAUAAUUGCCAAUGAUACCUUAUCUCAUGAAAUGAGUGAAGAAGAAUUUGAAGAAUAUUUGAAAUUAGUUGCUGUUGUUAAGGAAGAUUUUGAAUCUUUAUCAUACAAUAUUUAUAAUAUGUGGAUGAAGAAGAUUGAAAAAGAAUUAGAAAAGAAAGCAGUUUCAGGUCUUAUUUUAUCUCAAUCGUUACCAGGGUUCAUGGCCCCCGAGAAUUCACCAUUCUUAGCUAAAGUUUUCUCACCAGGUAUUCAAUAUAAGAUGGAUGAUAUCUUAAGUUUUUUCAAUUCGGUAUAUUGGUCAAUGAAAUCAUACUUUAUUGAACAAGAAGUCAUGAAUGAAGUUAUAAUUGAAUUAUUAAAAUUCGUCGAUGCCUUAUGUUUUAACGAUUUAAUUAUGAGAAGAAACUUCUUAUCUUGGAAGCGUGGUUUACAAUUGAAUUAUAAUGUUACCAGAUUAGAAGAGUGGUGUAAGACUCAUGAAAUUGCUGAAGGUUCAGCAUACUUAAGUCAUUUAUUACAAUCAGCCAAAUUAUUACAAUUAAGAAAAAAUACCCCUGAUGAUAUUGAAAUUAUUUAUGAAAUCUGUUAUGCAUUAAAACCAAUUCAAAUUCAAAAAUUAAUAUCCCAAUAUUAUGUGGCUGAUUAUGAAACUCCUAUUGCUCCAAAGGUAUUACAAGCGGUAGCUGAUAAAGUUAAAGAUUCUAAUACAAGUGGUGAGUUAUUUGCUCCAACUGGUAGUGAUGGUCAUUUCAACGAUCCAUUCAGAACUGUUCAUUUAAGACCAUUCUCAAGAGUGGAAGCUUAUGUACCUGCUUGGUUGAAUUUACCUGUCAUUAGAAGAAUUGUGGAAUUGGUGGCUAAAAAUGCAUCUGUUCAAGAAGCAAACAGUAUAGAACAAAAUAGUAUUCCUGAAGCUGAAGAAUCAUCUCUCUUAAAUGGUAAUUAAUAUCAUUGAAUCCAACAAAACAAGUCAAUCCAAUCCAAUCCAAUCCAAUAUUUUGUAUAUUUAUUUUCGUUUUUAAUUAUUUAUGCUACGAAGAAGUUUUUAUU